UCUCCUGCAGUGUACCCGCUGCAGGAUGCCGGGGGUUGAAAUAGUCUGCGCGCUGAAUUCGUCCAGGUGCGAUUGCGAUCCGAACAACGAUCGUCCUUAAGUGCACCUGCAUUUGGACAUUGAGGACUUACGGUGGUGGGGGUUCAAAUAGUUUUCGAGAUGGACGAAGUGCGUGAUUUGCGUGACGAGUACCGGCGAAAACAAAACGUCGCGUUGUUGCAUCAAUUGAAUCCACGGCACGACGACACGGAUGAAACGCAUAGUAAUUGAACAUCACUAGUAACGAAUUUGAAAAACCAAACAAUCAGUAUUAAAACCUUUAUCAUUAAUAUCUAAUAAAAUUAGUUAGUGUAAUUACUAUUAAAUUGCGUGUAAUGUGAGUGUUUCAAAGUAAUUAAGUGAAUUUAUUAACUAGACCAACUGGAACUGACUGUAUCGACAGGACCAGAACGUGCGACAAGGAUUUUCACGUGAUUUGGUUGGUGUUCUUCGUACGUGUCGCGUGUCGUAUCAUAUCGUGUCUUGACAUCAUUAGUGAGUUAAAGAUGAGCUUGCGUCUGCUUUUCUUGCUGCUGGUUUUGAGGGUUGUGGUGGGAUUGGAAGGGUCAUCGGAGAUGAUUUUGGGCGCAGAGGUUGCUGAGGCUACUGAGGGAGGAAGCGCUUCUCUGCCCUGCAACUUGGCGCCCGUCCAUCCACCGGACAGAGUCAGUUUGAUCCAAUGGUUCCGAGGUCCUGGACCAGAUCAGACAACAAAAACCCUUUAUCAGUACGACUUGCGGGGUAUUCGACCACAGCACUGGGCAGACCCAUCGCUCGGUAAUCGAUACUUCUUAAGGAUUCUUGAUGGCGAAAGAGCCGUCUUGACAAUUGCACCUAUUAAUCUCACCGACGAAGACUUAUAUCGGUGUAGAGUCGAAUUCACCAGAACUACCAACCGCUUGACCCACGUUAAUCUAACUGUUAUAGGAGCCGUAGCCGCCUCCGCCCCUUCUGCUCUAGAGGAGACGCGUACACACAUAAACAAGUACACACGCAAGAGACAGAGGGGUGGAUUUCUAGUGAAACAAAUACCAGCCUUGGGGUACUUCCAUGGUAGUAGCUGUUGGGAGGGCGCCGAUGCCUCUUGGCGCUGA